GCAACUGUAGAGCACUUUUAGUACAGGGAGGUCUGCCAUAUUGUCUUACAAAAGUUCACACUGGAAAAAAUAUGAAAGAAAGAAGAAGAGUUCUGGCUGCAGGGGGCACCUUCAGCAGUAGUGACAGAGACAGUCUGGUCUGUGGAGUGCUGCCAGUCACAAGAGGCCUCGGUAACCAUGGAGACAAAAGGCUGAAGGACUGUGUCAUUGUCGACCCCUAUGUGACCUCAGUUCCCAUAUAUCAACAUUCACAGUUUCUAAUUCUGGCAUCUGGUGGAUUGUGGGAAGUCCUGUCAGAUGAGGAAGUGACCUGCUUGUUACUACAGAUGCUGCCAGACCAGCAGAUACCUCCACCAAGAGAGAUUAGUCAGUUACUGUGGCCACUGCUGCAUGGGCAACAAGAACCAGAAAGUGGCGAUGUAACCAUUGGUCCACAGUUUCCUGGGCAACAUGAUGCCAGGAACACUCCUGCAACCCGUGACCAGAUCUUUGCAGAGCAACAUGAUGCCAGGAACACUCCUGCAACCAGUGACCAGAUCUUUGCAGAGCAACAUGAUGCCAGGAACACUCCUACAACCAGUGACCAGAUCUUUGCAGAGCAACAUGAUGCCAGGAACACUCCUGCAACCAGUGACCAGAUCUUUGCAGAGCAAAGCCACCAGUCUUACAUGGGUAUUGCCAGUUAUGUGAAAUCUGAACCAAAUUUAGUAUUACAGAAAGACCAGAUGCAACUUCAGAUGCCAAAUUCUACCGGAGAUCCACAUCUGAAUUUUAGAAAUCUCAACAGCUGUGAAAAUGCUGAACCAUCUGAGGAACCGAACAUGACUUCAGCCAGUCCUGACAUCACAGACUCAGUUCAUGCAACAAGAGCAGACAAGAGGAAGGAGUUAUCUCGGGCAAUGGCUGAACAUUUGACUCAGGCAGCCAUCUUGGCUGGUGCAAAAAAUAACCUGACAGUAAUGGUGGUCCUGCUUCCUGGUUGUGGCAUCUGA